AUGCUCGAAUUACAAUUAAAUCGUGUCGAUUAUUUUAAAGCAGCAUCAUCAGUAACACCUAAAUGUAUGCGAUUAUUACCUCGUGAUAGUGUGAAAAAAGAGACUCAAAAAAUUGCAUUAGGUGAAAGUAAUGGAAUAGUUCAAUUAUUUUCUAUUAAAAAAAAAGAUAUUAAUCCUAUUUUUAAAACUACACCUGGUAGACGUAUUACUCGAAUUGAACUCGGUGGUCGAUCAGGUGAAGUACCUGAUCGAAUAUUUGCUGCAGCAGAAACAGAAGUACGAGGUUAUUCAAGAAAAGGUAAACAAUUUUAUACAUUUGAUACAAAUGUUAGUGAUCCAAUUCGAUGCAUGGCUGUAGUUGGUUCAAGUUUAUAUACUUGUACAGAUACAACAUAUACACAUUAUGUUGAAUCAAACGAAGCAGAUACAUUAACAUUUGCAGCAAAAAUGAAUGAUAUUAUUAUUCUUCCAUUGCCAAUUCAAGCUAUGCCUGUUAUUGCUUGUCAAGAUCGAUUAUUAAGACCAUUAAAUAAAUCAUCAAUAUUAUAUGAAGCUGAAAUUCCUGGUGUUCCAACAACUUUAGUUCUUUCGAAUAAGACUGGAGGUCCAACAAAAAGUGAAAUUGUUUAUGGUACAUCUGAUGGUCGUCUUGGUCAACUUGAAAUUGGCAGUAUUUCAACAAUUACUAAAUGGGAAAUAGCUAAUCCAAAACAUUUAUCGGGUAUAAGUGCUAUUGAUUUUUAUGAUAUAUUGGCUGAUGGUGUACCAGAUAUGAUUGUUGCACGUGAAGAUGGUACUGUUGAAGUAUAUAAUUUUGAAACAACUGAUGAACCUAUUUUAAAAUAUACUUAUAAUGGUACAGAAAGUAUUACUAAUAUUGAAGGUGGAACAGUUGGUAAUGCAAAUUAUGAUGAAUUAGUAUGUUGUACAUAUCAAGGUUGGAUAUUUGGUUUAACUUCUCAACCAUUACAAAAUGAAUUAGGUGGUGAAGUUGUUGUAACUCAAAAUGAUGAUCUUGUACAUAAAAUAGAAGAUCUUAAGUAAAUAAAACUAGUUCAAAAGUUGAAAAUUUUCCUUUUUUU